AUGGCUGAGAAGACGCGUGACUAUGAAGACUCCUCGACGCCUCGGACGCUGUCGUUGUUCCGGCUGGUAGCCGAUCAAGCUCGAGUCACGGAGGAAGUAUUGAACUAUCCAUAUCCCGGAUCAGGCACCGCAGAGGAUCCCUAUCUCGUCACUUACAUACCCAAUGACCCGGGCAAUCCGUUCAACUGGGCGGCAGGAAGGCGUUGGACCAUCAGUCUGAUCGUGGCGACGGAAGUACUCGCUACGGCAUUUGCGUCGAGUGCGUUCAGCGGAACCCUGCGCGAGCUCAUCAUCGACCUCGGCGCCAGCACAGAGCUGAUAACCGCCGGCAUAUCCCUCUUCGUUCUCGGCUUCGCGGUCGGGCCACUCUUGUGGGCACCGCUGUCGGAACUCUAUGGCAGACAGAUCAUCUACAUCAUCAGCUUUGGCGGGUUUACAGCCUUUUGUGCUGGCUGUGUCGGCGCCAAUGACAUCGGAACGCUGCUCGUCUUACGCUUCUUCGCCGGAUCCUUUGGCUCAUCUCCCUUCACCAACGCUGGGGGUGUCAUCGCCGACGUUUUUCCAGCGUCACAUCGAGGGUUGGCCAUGGGUAUCUUUGCCCUGGCGCCUUCGAUGGGGCCGACGCUGGGCCCAUUCUGCUCGGGGUUCCUGGCUGAGAACCAAGGCUGGCGAUGGGUCAUGGGCCUCUUGACCAUCUUCAGCGGCGUCAUGUGGAUUCUCGGGGCGAUCUUCGUGCCCGAGACCUACGCACCGGUCAUCCUGCGCAAGAGAGUCGCGAAGCUGUCGAAAGUGACCGGCAAGGUGUACAUGUUGGAAUCAGACAAAGGGAAGGGUGCUCCGUCGCUGAGGUCUCUUCUGCCCACCGCGCUGAUUCGGCCGUGGAUUCUGUUGUUCAUGGAACCGAUUGUUCUGUUGCUGUCGCUCUACAUUGCCAUUGUCUACGGUACUCUGUAUCUCCUGUUCGGGGCGUAUCCAAUCGUGUUCCAACAAGUCCGCGGAUGGUCGGAAGGCGUCGGAGGGCUUCCAUUCCUCGGCGUCGCCGUUGGCAUGGUCUCCGGGAUCGUCUUCGCUAGCUGGACGAAUAAAUGGUACACCGACGAAGCUGAGGAACACGGCGGCGUCGCUCCGGCUGAGGCUCGACUGCCACCCGCAAUGUACGGAGCGGUGGCGAUCCCCAUUGGACUGUUCUGGUUUGCCUGGACCAACUACGCGUCCAUCCACUGGAUCUCGCCCGUCCUGGCCGGCAUCCCCUUUGGCUUUGGUUUCACCGUCAUCUUCCUGGCCGUCACCAACUAUCUGAUUGACGCAUACACCAUCUUCGCGGCGUCCGUGCUGGCGGCCAACACGGUGCUCCGAUCCCUCUUUGGCGCCGCUUUUCCUCUCUUUACGCCAGACAUGUUCGACGCCUUGGGCAUUCACUGGGCAAGCUCGAUCCCGGCGUUUCUCGCGUUGGCAUGCGUGCCAUUCCCGUUCAUCUUCCGGAAGUACGGAGCCCAGAUCCGCCGCCGCUGCGUGUACGCCGCGCAGGCCGAGGCCAUCAUGGCCGAACUGCGUGCCAAGGCCGCCGCGCGCGCCCAAGAGGCACCUCUUAAGUCCGAAGAGGAAUCCACGCGGAGAUGGUCGUCGAGCAGAACCGACUCAGAGGAAGAGGAGUUUGAGCAAGAUCUCGGGACUUCCGAAGCCAAGUUCGAACCGAUCAAAACUAGGAGGUCUUUUGCGUCGGAAGUGAGCGCCGCUGCAGCAUCGUUGACCCGGACCAAGUCCAAGGCCGGCAGCAUCAGCGAGGCGGCAAACUAUAACGCCAGCCCGUACGACAUCGACCGGGUGAACACGUCGACGUCGCUGGCGGGAUUGGAUCUGACGCGGACACGCACCGCUCGCUCCGGCGGCAACCACUAA